AUGGGGUCUCAGCUAUACGUUUUAUAUGAACAUGCGGCUGGGUUCGCUUUGUUCUCCGUAAAGGAGUUUGAGGAAGUCUCGAUGUUCCUACCCCAAGUAGAAUCAUCCGUUACCGACUUGGCCAAAUUCAAUUCAAUUGUCAAGUUGGCUGGUUUUGCUCCAUUCAAAACAGCUAUUGCUGCCUUGGAGAACAUUAAUGCCAUCUCUGAGGGUAUUGUGCCACAGGAUUUGUUGGUAUUUUUAGAUGAUUUCUUUGCCAAGUUGAAGAAAAAGAAGUGCCAACUGGGCAUUGCUGAUGCCAAGUUGGGUGCUGCCAUCACUGAGGCUAUUGGUGUACAGUGCAGCCAUUUUGGUGUUGUACCCGAAAUUUUGAGAGGCAUUCGUUUCCAUUUCCACAAACUGAUUAAAGGUUUCACCGAUAAAUCGGCUGGCAUUGCCCAACUUGGUUUGGGUCACAGUUAUUCUCGUGCCAAGGUGAAGUUCAAUGUUCAUCGUUCCGAUAACAUGAUUAUCCAGUCCAUUGCCUUGUUGGAUCAAUUGGACAAAGAUGUUAACACAUUCUCGAUGCGUAUCCGUGAAUGGUAUUCCUAUCAUUUCCCAGAGUUGGUCAAAAUUGUUCCCGACAAUUAUAUUUACGCCAAGGCUGCCAAAUUCAUUAAGGAUCGUAAAACUUUGACUCAAGAUAAGUUGGAAGAACUGGAGGAAAUUGUUAUGGAUUCAGCCAAGGCCCAAGCUAUUAUUGAUGCCGCCAAAAUGUCCAUGGGUAUGGAUAUUUCAAUUGUGGAUUUGAUGAAUAUUGAACUUUUCGCCGAGAGAGUUGUCAAACUGUCCGAAUACCGCAAGAAACUCUCGACCUACUUACACAACAAAAUGCAAUGUGUUGCUCCUAAUCUGCAAUCGUUGAUUGGUGAUCAAGUUGGUGCCCGCCUCAUUUCUCAUGCCGGUAGUUUGACCAAUUUGGCCAAAUAUCCAGCAUCUACAGUACAAAUUUUGGGCGCUGAAAAGGCCCUGUUCAGAGCAUUGAAGACACGCUCCAACACACCCAAAUACGGUCUGCUCUAUCAUUCAUCGUUUAUUGGUCGUGCUGGUUUAAAGAACAAGGGACGCAUCUCGCGUUUCUUGGCCAACAAAUGCUCGAUUGCUUCACGUAUUGAUUGUUUCCUGGAACAGCCUACCGCUGUGUUUGGUGAAACACUGAAACAGCAAGUCGAAGAACGUCUGAAAUUCUAUGAAUCUGGUGAAGUUCCUCGUAAGAAUAUUGAAGUAAUGAAGGAAGCUAUUGGUUUAGCUGCAAUUGAAGCACCCUUAAAGGUAGUAGACGAAAGUCAAUCACAAAAGAAGAAAAAUAAGAAGAAGAAACGUAAACUAGAAGAAGAAGCUGCCAAUGGUAAUGGUGUUGCUGCCGACGCAAAUGGAGGUGAUGCCGAAGAAGCUGCUGCUGAAGAGCCAGCUGCUGAAAAUGGUGGUGGUGAUGGUGAACCCAAAAAGAAGAAGAAAAAGAAGAAGAACAAAAACAAAGAUAAUGAAUAAAUUCAUUUAUAUUUGCUCUAUUUUCUUUUUUAAUUUUUAUGUAGAUUUAAGCUUAUUAAGGAGUUUUUUUUAUCAUUUCCUU